AUGACCUCUCCUCCGCCUCAGGAAAUUCAAAGAAUUAGUGAGGGUCUUCGUGAAAUACGCAUUGGCGACUCAAGAGAUGACGUCCGUGCUCCUGAUACCGAGCUCAAUACAUGGCAAGAUCAGGUCCCGGAGUCCGUCGCUCGCGUGGAGCCGGAGGUUGAGCGGACACCACACCUUCCUGAUCCUUCCUCAGUUAAUUCAUCGACGACGGCGGAUUUUCAUUCUGAGCUGGGGCAAUCUCACACCCGUGCUAGUGAAGAAAUCCUUCAGGAGUUCGAUCCGCUCGCGAGCUCAGCGGAGAAAGCCACACGUGAGGCGUGGUCGAGUACAUCCAAGAGCUCACUACCAUCCAUCUCUGGUGCGCCAUCGAACUCUACCAGUACCCAGACUACCGCGGCUCAAAUUUCGGAAUUGUCUCCAAGCCCAUCUGCGCCGACUGAAUCCUCGUCGCCAGCUCCGACCUUCCCCGCCCUUGCUGCAAUUGCACGCUCUUUCUCUCUGCCCCUAGGAAAUCGUAGCCGACGUCCACGUUCUCUUGAUGUUGCUACGGUCGUUCCAUCACCCUCUACGCUCUCUUCCCUUGUUCAACAACAGCGAGCAGCCCCAGCUGGCACGGCCACGGGGACUGAAGGCAAUGACGUUCUAUCUUCUGGAGGAAGUGGGGGUAGCACACCAGGUAUCUUGGAGCCAGAGAGGACUAAAGGAGGGGCUGCGGAUAGCCCUCCCUUUGACUUCCAAAGGUUCCUGGACCAAAUGAAGUUGAAGGGUGCAGAGCCUGUAGCGAAGUACCUCCGGUCAUUUCUGAGCAACUUUGCCAAGAGAACGUUCACCGUAAACGACCAAGUGAAACUCAUCAACGAUUUUCUCAACUUCAUUUCAGACCGCAUGCGUGAGACCGAUAUCUGGCGGAACGCAUCAACUUCCGAAUUCGACAAUGCUAUGGAAGGCAUGGAGAAACUGGUUAUGAAUAGGUUAUAUGACUUUACAUUCACCCCUCAAGUCGUGCGCAUGGUGCCUCCUCGCCCAGUCACAGUCGACGAUCUGGAAAAAGAUCAUGUACUCUCACAGCGUAUUGCACUUUUCCAGUGGAUUCAACCGAAACACCUGGACGUACUUGAGGGGGAGGGAAGCGAGGGCUUCCUCCUCUUUGCGCAACAAGAACUCAUCAAGGUCAAUCAUUACAAAGCGCCGCGGGACAAACUUAUUUGCAUCUUGAACUGUUGCAAGGUCAUAUUUGGUAUGAUCCGACAUUUGCGAAUGGAGGAGAAUGCGGACGCCUUUGUUCCUAUCUUGAUAUACGUGGUUCUGAAAGCGAAUCCUCCACAUCUGUUGUCAAAUGUCGAGUUUAUCAGCCGCUUUCGAAAUCCUGCAAAACUGCAAAGUGAAGCGGGCUACUAUUUGAGCAGUCUCAUGGGUGCCGUGUCUUUCAUAGAGACGAUGGACCAUACGUCAUUAUCUAGUAUCACACAGGAGGAAUUCGAGCGGAAUGUCGAAGAAGUCAUCCAAUCUCUUUCAAGCACUGAACCUACGACACCUGAAUCAGCUACUCCAUCCAUGGCCAGGUCGCAAACGCCGACGACAAGCAGUGCAUCGUCAUCUCACUCAGGAGAAGAGUCUGCUCAGCUGUUGGCCCUUCCUACACCAGCUCAAGCCUUCGGUCAAGACGCCCGCCGCUUCUUGCAGAAAACAGGCGAUACAUUCUCGAAGCCGCUCAGCGCAAUUAGCCGCAUAUUCAAUGAGGUCUUGGACAAUGCAGAGGAGUCACUUUCGUCAUUCGCACCUGUAGAUGCUGCUCGGAGCGAACAGCAGCGUCGGCAACAGAUCGAAGAAGACCGUCGGCUCGCACAGACGCUUGGGCUUGCAGAAACGCAGGCAUCGUAUGCAGGGAAUAGUCAGCAAUCAGGCGGAUAUAGUACUCCUUAUCAAACGCGAGUCCGUCGUGUUCCAACCCCGGUUUCACCAUCGCCUUCCAUGGAUUCCUUCCGCUUCGGUUCCUCUGCAGGGCCAGAGAUUCCUGCUCGGCAACGUACUGUAUCCAAUAUCGACCAGCGUUCAACGAUGAGCGCGUCGCAGAGCGCCUCUGCCAUUCGAUCCAGGCCUGGCUCUCAAGAUCUCCGACCACAGUCUGCACAUGUCUCUCGGACGCCCACGCCGAGCCUGGACUUGGUAGGGCUGCAGGAUGAGAUUGACCGUGCGCACGAGAGAGCAGCCGUUGCAGCCCGGGAAACCCUAAAGCAGAUCUUCCCGACUACCGAUCCUGAGAUUAUGGAAUGGGUGCUGGAGGCCAACGAGGGGGACCUCGGGAAGAGCAUCGAGGCCCUUUUGGAGAUGAAUAGUGGGACAUAA